AUGGCCACCAUCGCCAACUCUCUCACUGUCAUUGUCCUCUUCAGUCUCAUUAGUCAUGGCCAGUGCUUUGGUUGCUCUGUGAAGGAUAUCUCAAUUGAACAAUCUCAGACGGGAAAGUCGGUCCAAAACAAGCCAGAAUGGAAUGUGACGAUCGCGAAUGGUUGCUCGUGUUCUCAACUGAAUGUUAAACUAGCCUGCGAUGGAUUUCAAACUGUUGAAGACAUUGAUCCUUCCAUUUUAAGUGUAUCUGGUGGUGAGUGUCUGGUCAAGAAUGGCCAACCUGUCUAUGCCAAUGGAGGUUUCAACUUCAUCUAUGCUUGGGACACUUCAUUUUCUUUCAAUCCAAUCUCCUCCCAAAUUGCUUGCUCCUGA